UCUACAAUCAUCUUCCUUCCAAUCUCUGCUGCUCAACCUCAUUGAUCAACAUGCCUUUGCAUCUCCCAAAUUUCUCUGUCAACGUUAAUGUGCAGCAUGGUGGGCAACCGCAGCAAUUCGCACAACCUCCAUACCAACAACAGGGCUACGCACAAGCUCCUCCACAACACCAAGCCGGCCCUUUUGACGAAAGAACAUGGUACCGCCUCAAAAACCUACAGCAUCCCCACAAGUCCCUCGAUGUGAUCAACGACAACGAGAUAAAUUCCACCGGUCUUCUACAACUCGCGCAAGAUGCCGAUGUAUCUGGUCAGCACUGGCAGAUCAAGGCCAUGACCGAUGGAACAUACAUUCUGCGCACCAUGUUUCUUGGGCCGUCCCGACACCUUGAUGUCUAUGGCGACAAAACCAAGACUCCCGUGCUGCAGCCUGCGGGCAACUACUCGGGUCAAAAAUGGAUCAUAGCGCCCUGGGGUGACGGCACAUGGCAUCUAUCCAACACAUACUCGGGAUCUGACGUGUAUCUGGACUCGAAGAAGCAUGACACUAAGGUGAAAUUAAAGGGCGCGGAGGGGGGAAGGGCGACGCAGAGGUGGUCGAUUAUACCAAUCUGUGGUGUCACUGAAGAUGAGUUUUAG